GCGGCAACAUUGUUUCAAGUUGGACAAAUUGACAAGAGCGAGAGAUAACACUGCGUUCCAUCCGGACCUGGGGCCGCGGUGCUAGGCCCUGCUUCCCCCUCCUCCGCCCCCGAGAACCGGGGCCGGCUUUCUGCAGGGUUCCCAGGCCCCCGCUCCUGGGCCGGGCUGACCCGACUCUCUAGCGCUUCAUGGAGAACUUCCAAAAAGUAGAAAAGAUCGGAGAGGGCACGUACGGAGUUGUGUACAAAGCCAAAAACAAGUUGACCGGAGAAGUGGUGGCGCUUAAAAAAAUCCGCUUGGACACUGAGACAGAGGGUGUACCCAGUACUGCCAUUCGAGAGAUCUCUCUGCUUAAGGAACUUAACCACCCUAAUAUUGUCAAGCUGCUGGAUGUCAUCCACACAGAAAACAAACUCUACCUGGUUUUUGAGUUUCUGCACCAAGAUCUCAAGAAAUUCAUGGAUGCUUCAGCUCUUACUGGCAUUCCUCUUCCCCUCAUCAAGAGCUAUCUGUUCCAGCUGCUCCAGGGCCUAGCUUUCUGCCAUUCUCAUCGGGUCCUGCACCGAGACCUCAAACCUCAGAAUCUGCUUAUCAACGCAGAGGGGGCCAUCAAGCUAGCAGACUUUGGACUAGCCAGAGCCUUUGGAGUCCCUGUUCGUACUUACACUCAUGAGGUGGUGACCCUAUGGUACCGAGCACCUGAAAUCCUUCUGGGCUGCAAAUACUACUCCACAGCUGUGGACAUCUGGAGCCUGGGCUGCAUCUUUGCUGAGAUGCACCUAGUGUGUACCCAGCACCAUGCUAAGUGCUGUGGGGAACACAGAAGAAAUGGAAGACACAGUCUCUGCCCGCUGUGCUCCUAUCUAGAAGUGGCUGCAUCACAAGGAGGGGGGAUGACCGCAGUGUCUACCCCACACCCCGUGACUCGCCGGGCCCUAUUCCCUGGAGAUUCUGAGAUUGACCAGCUCUUCCGAAUCUUUCGGACUCUGGGGACACCAGAUGAAGUGGUUUGGCCAGGAGUUACUUCUAUGCCUGAUUAUAAGCCAAGUUUCCCCAAGUGGGCCCGGCAAGAUUUUAGCAAAGUUGUGCCUCCCUUGGAUGAAGAUGGACGGAGCUUGUUAUCGCAAAUGCUGCACUACGACCCCAACAAACGGAUUUCAGCAAAGGCAGCUCUGACUCACCCUUUCUUCCAGGAUGUGACCAAGCCAGUACCCCACCUUCGACUCUGAUGUCUUUCUCCAAGCCCCCAGUCUCAUCUCUCCUCCAGUGGGGGCCUGAUCUGGCUUGGCCCUUGGCUCUGGAUGCCCUCUGGUCUUGUCUGGCUGCCUUAACACUCACUCACCUUCCUCUCUUAGCCAGCCAACUCUGGGGAUACAGGGGUGUGGAGGGGAAAAAUGGGUAAAAAUGAAAGGAAGCUUCAGUAUUAGAUGCACUUAAGUCAGCCUCUACCACCUCUCCUCUAAGUCAUUGCUAAGGAGGACUAGUACUUUUUAAAAAAAAGACUUUCCCCACCCCCCACAUAGGAUUUGCCAUCCCAAUCUCUGAAAGCCCAAUUACUAUUUCCUGUGUUUGGGAUGACAGAGGCCCCAAACCUCCUGCUGCCUCUGUGUUUGUUAGGCCACCUGAUAAAUGGGGGUAAACUGGAAUUUUGAAAACCAAGCAAAACAAAAACAUAGGGAGUGGCCUUUUGGAGAAUUAGGUUAAAAAAUAGAUCCAACCAGUUUAUACCCUACUUUUAGUGUUUGA